AUGGCCACGACUGCUGCCCAAGACGAAUACAACGAUCUCAUCUCCAAGAAUACGGCCCGAGAGACUCUCCAUCCAGACGAUCGUGACGACCACGAACUUUCUCAGCAAGACGACGACCUCGACGAAGAAGCAACAUAUCGCAACGCCAAGAUCGACGCAGCCAUGCGCGUGCCUACCGGUGCUUCGGAGCUCAAGCUUCCCCCAGCGUCGUUUGACAGCGGACGGUCAACCGGUGUUAAAGGUGUCAUUGCCGACGCCAGAAGCUUCGAAACCGCUCGCAAGAGCAAGUGGAUGGACAGGGCCAAAUCUGCUCGCCAGAGUAUACUUGGUCUGGCGGGCGUUUCUCAAAACGGCGGGGGCAAGGUUGGAAGCAAGAGUGAAAGUGAGACGGACGACGAUACAAUCAGUGCGGCUGGCUCAGACGAAGAGUCCUUCCUACAGCAAUGGCGAGAGAGCCGGCGACGAGAAUUGGAAAAUGAGAUGAAUAGAGCCGUGCGAACAAGACGGACCAGUCCGAGUGUGCGGGUGUAUGGAAGAUUGGACGAGGUCGAUGCCUUGGGCUACCUCGAUGCUAUUGAGAAGGUCAGCAGAGAGACCAAGGUUGUUGUGUUUGUCUAUGAUCACGAGUGCGACGUUUCUGCUACUAUCGAGUCGGCCAUCUUGCCCCUUGUCAAGUCCCACACGACAAUACAUUUUGUCAAGGUGCAUUACGAGGAAAUAGAAUUUGACAAUGCCGCUGUCCCAUCAAUUCUUGCAUACCACAACCAGGGCGACCUCUUCGCUAAUUUAACGGGUAUCAUUGAAAUGAUGCCUGACGAAGAGUCAUUCGGCACCAACCAACUCAAGGCGCUGUUGGAGAAACACCAGGUGUUGUAA